AUGAUCUUGAUAAACCCUAAUGAACUUUGUGAUUCUGGCAAAGAAGAAAAAAAACGCAUCAAAUUUGAAUGUACACAAGUGUUGACGGAAAAUCAUAAAAAGCCAAUUUAUGCGGUUGCUGUUAAUCAACAUCAAACAAGUGAUGGAGGACUUUUAUUUGCAACGUCUGCAGGGAAUGAAAUUCAUAUAUAUAAACAUGCUAACGAUGUAGCUGGCGGAAAAAGCGGAGUGGUGAGAGUAAUUGAGGCUACUCGCACACGCCAUUUCAAACCGCUACACCAUUUUGGUUCAGUGAAUCAAAUGGCAUUUGCGUCUCAUCAGCCAAAGUUAAUGGUUUCGGCAUGUUCAAACUUAACCGUUUAUUUAUGGGAUGUAAGUGUAGGAUUAUGUUUAUCAACAUUCUUCGGACCAUAUCGUCACUACCAGCAAAUACUGAGUGUUGAUAUAAAUCAUGAUGGUACACUCGCUGCCUCUGGAAGUAUGGAUUGUUCGGUUUGUAUUUGGUCAAUAACAGAAACGCGAACAUUGAAAAAUAUUCAAUUAGCUGAAACUAAGCCACAAAAUUCAAAAGAACAUCGUCUUAUGAAACCACACCGUGUACAUGUUCCUCUAUUUCUAACGUCAACAUUACAUGAUCAUUACGUAGAUUCUGUAAAAUUUUUUGAUGAAAUUAUGAUAACAAAGUCGGCCGACAAUACAUUUUGUAUUUGGAAUUAUGAUUUGAAAACGAGUAAGACUGAUGCAAAUGUAUUUUUCAAGUGGAAACAACAUGAUCCGUCACCGGAUAUUUUAUUUGAUAUACGCUUAGGAAUUAGUUCCAUGGAAAAAGUACGUAUCGCAUGCUUACCGAUUACACUGAUGUAUUCUCAAUCAAAACGAUUAAUUCGUGAAGUUUCAUUCACAUCCGAUGGACGAACAUUGUUUGCAUUAGAUGAAGAUAUAUUUGAAACAAGUAUUGGCGAACUAACUAGUAAUGAUCAUGUUUCACUUGAAUCAUUAGAUGAAACGUAUAAAAUUCCAUUAUUUCAAACACGCUAUGUUACAAUUUCAAUUAAACAAUCUCAUGUUACUAAAUCAGAUGCAAUUCAAUUAAGAUUUCAAAGUGUAGUAUCAGAUAAAAGAGUUAUUCAGAUACGAGAAGUAGACGACAGAUUAGAGAAUAUUGAUUGGAUAAAAGAUUUAGAUAGAAGAUCAAAAAUGUUCACAAUGACAUGGUCAAUCAAAAGUAUCUAUAUGGAUAUGACUACUGUUACAUUCAAGUCUUUUCUUUUGUAUGACAAUCAAACAGUAACCUCGAAAACGUGGAAUAUUACAAUACUGGUGUCACAGCCUAAACGUGUCAUAGAUAAAAUUUGGUUUAUGUCAUUACCGUUUCUAAUUGUUUUUAUAUCUGUACAAAUGGGUGUUUUGUUAGACACAUCGGUUAUUAAAGAUAUUGUUAAAAAACCCACACCGCUCAUCAUUGGGUUCGUUGCUCAAUACGGUUUAAUGCCUCUAUUAGCUUACAGCAUUACAAAAAUAUUCAGAUAUACAGCAUUGCACGGCUUAACAUUGUUUUUAAUCGGUUGUUGUCCAGGCGGCACGGCUAGUAAUCAGUGGACAUUAUUGUUUGAUGGUGAUGUUAAUCUUUCAGCUGUGAUGUCCUUUACCAGCACCUUGGCUUCAUUCUUUAUGAUGCCGUUAUGGUUUUAUACACUUGGAAAUUCGUAUUUACGUGAAUUAAAAUUACAUAUUCCAUUUCUAGGACUGUUGAGAACAUUAGCCACUAUUGUUGUUCCUUAUACUGUCGGAAUUUUGAUUUCACAUUAUUCACCAAAGACACGAAAUUUAGUGAAAAAAAUUGUUAAACCCAUGAUGUUAUUUCUUGUAAUAUUUUUUCUUGUCUUCGGGACAUUGGUGAACUGGUACAUGUUUAAAAUGAUCGAUCUUUAUUCAGCGUUGACAGCACCGUUACUUCCAUGGAUUGGCUUCCUUCUUGGAGGUCUAUUAGCGUUGAUAUGUAGACAAGAUUGGUCGCGUGUUAAAACAAUUGGGAUCGAAGCUGGUAUUCAGAAUGUUGGUAUCGCGUUUAUGGUAAUCAUGUAUUCGUUUCCUCAACCUCAGGCCACACAGGGAUUAGUUGUACCACUUGUUGUUGCUCUAUUGACGACAAAACCAUUUUACCUGGCGCUUCUAAUCCGUCAUUAUGUAAAAAAACAUCAGAAAAAACAAGAAAUAGAAAUGUCAGUUGUUGAUGGAAAUGGACAUGUGGAAAAGACACUGUUAGAAAAUAAGGAGGAAAGUAAUUCUGAGAAAAUACAUCCAGAAGAAGUUAAGACUUUCAUACAUAGCUAUCAAGUAGCUUCAGCAUGA